AUGGAUUCGAAUUCGAGUAACUCCGAAAAUAACGUCUGGCCUAAACAUGAGUACGAUUCUGAUGUGGACGAAGAACUAAAGAUUUGCUCCAAGCCACAUUGGAACUCGGAAAAUACAAUGAAACUGAUCAAAACGUUGGAACGAGACUGCAAGGAACUAUGGGACACUAGUCACCCCCUCGUCAAAGUCAGGUCGGCGCGCCAAGCCAAGCUGGAGUUCUUGGCGAACUUAUUUACAACUUCCCCUGAAGAGAUCAAUAGGAAAAUUCAUAAUUUACGGACACAAUUCAAUAAUGAAUUGAGGAAGAUUAAGCGAAGGCAGUGUGGUCCAGAGGGGAGCGGGUGGGAAUACUUUGACUCCCUCAUGUUCAUGCAACGUGCCCCCCUGGAAUCCCUGGGCAUAACUGGGCCUGUUAAUCUUGAGUUAGCUGAAUUUCAAGCCAAUGAAGAACAAAUCGCUACUGUGCAAAGUGAUAUAACAUCAAACAGCAAUUCGAAGACACAUCCUGGAACCGCGCCAUAUCAUGAUAUCCCCGGUAACGAUACUGUUGGAAGAUUUUGA